CAGGGAGUUCCAGUGGCACUUGUUUCUUGCUUGUCUUCAAGCGCAUCAAUGUGCUCCUAGUCCUUCCAAAUCCCCAACCACCCCUUCCCUCAAAAACCCUCCAAAAACUCAUCUUCUCCACCAUCCGAUUCUGUGAUACAAGCUCAAAACGAAAGAUGAAGUUUGGCUUAUGCUCUCCUGCUCUUUCAAUCUUCCUCCUCUUCCUUCUCCUAUCAUCAAGUCCAGCUGCAAAACACGCAGCAAAUGAACCAGGGCUUGAAGAGAGAGGGAUGAAGAAGAUCGCCAGCACGGGAGGUUCCAUGCUAGAGAAGACGGAAGGAACUGAUGAUUUGAUCCGUGACCUGAUGGGGGAGGAGACAUGCGAGGAUGGCGACGAAGAAUGCUUAAAAAGAAGGUUCAUGUCAGAGGCGCACCUGGACUACAUCUACACCCAGCAACACAAGCACUGAUUAAGGAUUUUGUCUCUUUGUUCUAUUGCAGAUUAGCUAGAAUUUGCUGCAGUUACUUCAUGAUCAUGCAGAUCAUGGGAUAUUGGUGGGGUGGGGUGGGGCUGGAGACCUGCCUGUACUUGUCUGUAGUUAGGGUGUAUUAACUGAGUUAAUGGCCUAACCCGUGUUAUUAAUGGGAAGGAUGGGACUCUGUUUCGUAUUAAA